AUGGCACAUUCAGCUUUAGCAUCGACCGUGUGGCCGCCCACACCGGUCAGCCCGGCUGUCAAAGACCUUCUCGCGCGACUCUUCCACCUCGUCGACCAGAAGGACGACAAUGUCGGGUCGUUGCUGGCUGAGGAAAUCUUCACCCCUGAUGCACGGUUCGUCUCGGCGAACGGCGUGUUCCACGGCAAGGAGGAAAUCACGAAUAGCCGAGCGAACGCGUGGAAGGUGGUGACCUUCCGCAAACACACGGUCGACAAAGUCUACGCGGGGGCCGCGGACGGCACGGACCUUGUGCUCACGGGCACGCUUGAGACGCGCACAAAGGAUAGCGGUCCUGCGACGACCAUCACAGAGUUUGCGGCGAGGGCGGUGAUAGAUCAGAGUGCCGGCACCACGGGGCCGAGGAUCAAGGAGUAUCAGGCGUGGAUUGGGAUGUCGACCACACCGGCUCAACAGUGA